CUUGGGUCCCGGCUCGACUCAGUCUUCCAGCCGCCCGGGGAAUACCUCUAGUUCUUCCCGGCCGUCGCUGCCGCCGCGCCGCUUCCUCCUCCGCCUGUCCGCCGGCCUCCUUCGCCCCACCCCGCCCGCGCCGCGCGUCCGGCCCGCCUGCGGGCCCGCUUUUCUUCUUAGCUCCCACCCAGGCGCAUGGCUCCAUGAAGCAGGAAGGGGAGGCAGAGCGCGAGAGGUCCCGUCCGCCCCGGCCGCGUCUGGGCCAGGAGAAAAGGUACAGGAAGAAGGAAUGGAACCAAAAGGAAGAAAAUUUGUUGCAGAGCCAAAAUAGCUCCCCUCCGCUAUUGUAGCUGUUCUGCUGGCAAUACAAACUUUCUGCUUUCAGGUUCUGCAGCAUUCCAGACCUCAAGCACUGAAUCAGGAUGGGAAAAAGACGUUGUGUUCCUCCACUCGAGCCCAAGUUGGCAGCAGGCUGUUGUGGGGUCAAGAAACCCAAAUUAUCUGGAAGUGGAACGCACAGUCACGGGAACCAGUCCACAACUGUCCCUGGCUCUAGUUCAGGACCUCUACAAAAUCACCAGCAUGUGGACAGCAGCAGUGGACGGGAGAAUGUGUCGGACUUAACUCUGGGACCUGGAAACUCUCCCAUCACACGAAUGAAUCCCGCAUCGGGAGCGCUGAGCCCUAUCCCUCGGCCCAACGGAACUGCCAACACCACUAAGAAUCUGGUGGUGACUGCAGAGAUGUGCUGCUACUGUUUUGACGUACUCUACUGUCACCUCUAUGGCUUCCCACAGCCACGACUUCCUAGAUUCACCAAUGACCCCUAUCCACUCUUUGUGACAUGGAAGACAGGGCGGGACAAGCGGCUUCGUGGCUGCAUUGGGACCUUCUCAGCCAUGAAUCUUCAUUCAGGACUCAGGGAAUACACGUUAACCAGUGCACUUAAGGACAGCCGAUUUCCCCCCCUGACCCGAGAGGAGCUGCCUAAACUUUUCUGCUCUGUCUCCCUCCUUACUAACUUUGAGGAUGCCAGUGAUUACCUGGACUGGGAGGUAGGGGUCCAUGGGAUUCGAAUUGAAUUCAUCAAUGAAAAAGGCGUCAAACGUACAGCCACAUAUUUACCUGAGGUUGCUAAGGAACAAGACUGGGAUCAGAUCCAGACAAUAGACUCCUUGCUCAGAAAAGGUGGCUUUAAAGCUCCAAUUACCAGUGAAUUCAGAAAAACGAUCAAACUCACCAGGUACCGAAGUGAGAAGGUGACAAUCAGUUAUGCAGAAUAUAUUGCUUCUCGACAGCACUGUUUCCAGAAUGGCACUCUUCAUGCCCCGCCCCUCUACAAUCAUUACUCCUGACACACGGCUGCAUGACCAGUCCCACCCCCCUGUGGCCACCAAUGGCUAUGACAUCAUUGGAGCAGAUGCCUCCUCUUCCUGGUCCAGUUACUUCUAUUACUGCACCAUUUUAUGAUGCUAGCUUCCGUUGCCAAGCCUGCCUCCCACUGACUGAGGGGUGGGGUGGGGUUACACUGAAUGAAACAGAACUUGAGGGGCCCAAGCCUUAUUUCAGCUUUUCCUCAAUAUGGGGUUCCGUUGGAUUGGGGCUCCUCCAUGACUAGGAGAAUUACUGUGUGGGUUCAGAAGACUUUAUCUGGUGAUUUGCCAUGUGUGUUGGCCACACACUGGAAGCUGGAAUUGAUGAUCCAUGAAGGCUUACCCCACACACACCCCUUCAGCCUCCCCAGAUCAAGUAGGUGUAUUCCCCUGGCAGUCUGGGCAACGGAGACCAACAAGAAACAUUUUUAGGUUGUUUUAAAUUCCUUUUUUUUAAACUUCCAGUUUAUUGCAUACCAAGAAUUGAUCACAACCUCUAUACUUCAUAAAUGGACGCCAUGUUAGGGUUGAACGUGGGCACCAUGAGUCCUUUGAGGCUCCUGGACAGAGACCCACUUCAAGAUCGGAAGCCCUUUGGAUGGCGUUGCAGAUCUCAUUGCUCAAUAAGCCGUGAAGGUUUUAAUUCUCAUCCCACUGUCAGUUGGAUUUUCUGGCACUUACUGCAUUGAGUCUUCUGGUAUUGAACAGAGCCCUGUGGUGUGUAGCCUGCUGAGGAAUGGAAUGGAGAUGCCCACGGGAGGUCCUGAUGCCAUUGCUGCAUGCAAGUGUGAAAGGAGAGACCUUUUCCUUACCACCGGCUACCUCACUCUCUACUGGUAGCAGUGCCUAUAGCUGGAUCUAGGUUCUCAGAAGCAUUGAUGUACAAACAAGCAGUUGGGUUGGGCUUUAGGAGGACACAUGAUCAUAAGAGAGAAUCCAGGGUCUCCAAGUUGGUUUUCUUUCCCGGCAAACAUCCCAAGGGACCUUAAAGAAGGGAAAUUCCUUUUUCUGGUUUGCCUGUAGAAGUGGGAAGGCUUGAUGUUUCAGUCCUUUACAGGACUUUAGAACAAAGCUGUGUAAUUAAACAAAGUGAAUCUUUAUCUUUCCUAACAUGCUAGGAAUCUUCAGCCCACGAGGGCAAAAUUCCAAAUAGCUCAUUUUAUUCUAGGUCAUUCAAACUUUCAUGUGACAUAUUUCCCCCUUCCAUUGUUGCUGAUUUCCAAAUAGCUGUCAGCAAGUUCUUCCUCCCUCUUGCCUAUCUUAACUCAUUUGGUCGCAAAGUUGUAGAACUAGGGGACUUGGAAGAUGCUUUGAAAACAUUGUCACAAAGGCACUGCUAAAGUGAUUCACAGGGAAGAGGUGGCCAGUUGGAAGAAAGGAUCCUAAGGACGAUACACUGGUUUUCAACAACAUGCUUAGAGAACUCGAGGUGGAUUCGGUGACCACCCAGUGAACAUGAUGUUUUGAUUUAACUUAUUUUUUAAAGUUUAUGUGAUGGUGGUGUGGCUUUCCGAAAUGGGCAAAUACUCAAGUCAAAAGAUCUUUUGAGUUUUCUUCUGCCAGGUUU